AUGUCUGCUAAAACUCAAACGUCCGAUAUGGACGAGAAGCCAAGUGCCGCCAGCGGCAAGCUCUUGCCUUCAGCCUUUGACAAGCUUCCAGACGAGAUUAUAGAGCAAAUACUUCAAUUGACCGAUCCUAAUUCGUUUGCGUCUCUUGUCCUUCUUAAUUCAAAAUGGAGGCGUGUUUCCCAGCAAGCCCAUCUCUACGCACACCACCUCCUGCGAUGCAAAUCCUACAGCGCCAGCCACGCCGUCGUACCUGUCGCAAAGUCGGAUGAUGAAAACUUACCUAAUCUGCGCCGCUUAUUCGCACGAGAAGUCAAGAGAAACCUUUUUGAGGCCUACUUACGCCCUAAGACGACUACAAUAAGACUGAUCUCUAAUUGUAUCGGAUCGUCCUCUGCCCCCGGUGGCGAAGGAAUGCAAUUCAGCUCCUCUCCUAGGGGUCAUCAUCUACUCGCGUAUAACUCGUCCCGAAUAUUUGUCCUAGAUGUUAGAGAACCCGAACUGGUUGUUAAGCGGGAGUUUAAAAUAUUACGCCGCCCAGCGGCCGCAUGCAUUUUGGAUGAUGGUAGUCUCUUAGCAGUAUUAUCGACUGACAUGCAGGUUGAUUUAUAUGACCUGGGAAAGGUUCCACCUCGCCGAACCCAGUCGCUAAUCUUGGACCAUGCCCCUCGUGCGAUUACCCUGUCUCCAUGUGGAAGUGUGCUAGCAGCUGCGUACGAAGGUGGCAUUGAAGUGUCUUCUAUAAGCCCUGGGGCUCUUCCAACAGAUCGAAGGGCAGUGAAAUGUGAUGGUGUCGAUUCCCUCGCUUUUUCGUACGAUGGAACACAGCUUUUAGGCACGACGACAGCAUCCUACACGCCUAAUACGGUUAUCUUGACAGCUCCGUAUUACGAUCCCGGAAAUCAAAUGUCCCAAGAAAAUAACAUUAGUGCACUAUGGACUACUUCUAUUCUAUUUCCUAAUACGAGCCGGGACUGUAGUCAUGCUGCCCUACUGCAAGAGUCAGGCUCUAUGGAGGCAACUUGGGCGUUUGCUUAUGACAGAAGUUUUGAGACCUUUCGCGCCGUGCGGAUUGAUGACCUUCGCAAUGGAACAACAUAUUUCACAGGGCCGACCCCAAACACUCCUUCGCCUGGACCCUUGUUGCCAUGUACCCUACCCGCUGCCAAUUACCAAGGAGACCUCGUCUCAGCUGGAUUUGAAGGGAAAGAUGUUUGGUUGUAUGGUGUGCCCGAAGACCUAGAAGCAGUUCCGGAAGCCAACCAUGCGGCAUCCGAUCUAAAUGGACCGCCAUCAUUAAACCGUAUGAAUAGCGGAGUUUCAGCACGCUCAUCUACUCGAAUGCAGGAGGUGAAUGGCGGCCGAGUUCCGCAGUGGCAGAUUUUAUGCGACAAGUAUCGCAACACGUUCGUAUGCGGGCGCAAAAUUACACAAUUAUGUGGUGUGAGCCAUAUGAAAUGGGUAUCCGGGUUUGGUAAUAUGUCUUCACAAGAACGAUUGAUUAUUGCUGCUCGAGGUGUGAUGCCCCCUAAACUUGUAACUGAGGAAGACGGCAUCGACUUCGUGGAUGGAGGGAGAAUCACAAUCCUUGAUUUCGACUACAGUUUGGUAGACGGCGAAGAAAAGGAAAUUACUAUUGAGGUUGGCGCAAACGAACCGGAAGCACUAGAAGAGGAGCAUCGCGACAUUGAUGCAGAAGUAGCUAUCGUUAGGCGGAGAACGGUGGCGCAGCGGAGAGGGAACCGGGCCAGUGUGAUGACUAUGGCAUCGACUACGUCCCGUCAAGUUGAUGUAUUAUUACGUCCGUCGACCGCUCAUAACGAUGAUUCGGAGGAUCCGCUAGUACCACGACCUAUGGCCACAGCACGCACUAACUCCCACGCAGCGGCGAUUGAAGAAACAGAAGAUGUCUCCCUGGAGGAGGCCCAAGAAGCACUCGAUGCUCCGUAUGCUCAUGCUAAUCCACGAUCCGGAACAACGCUACGCCGCGCUGCAACUGCGGCAGCAGUGAAUCGCCGACGGAACCCGCAGCCUGUGGCUGGUCGAGUUGAGUAUCGACGCGCUGAUGGGAGGGCUGAGCAUCCUCAUGAAAGUGAUGCUGAUAACUGGGUACCUCCACCACCACCAUAUACCAAGGAGGACCCUGGUGAUUUACCCGAUUUCAUGCGUCACUCCGUACACCACUCCGUCAUUCCCGGUGUUGGAAUCCUACCGGGUAGCAGGAGAGACUCUAUCCCCCCUGUUCCUCCUCUUCCAUCUUCUAUCCCACCAAUUCCGCCGGUCCCGUCCGUUCCAUCUAACCUACCCCCGCGAAUGUCUAUGACACCUAAUUUUAGCCGUCCGGAGUUACCUCGUCUACAGACAACUCCUCUACGGGAUAGGCCAUCCCACAUGUCUUGGCAUCCUCACGCUUCGCAGCAAAGGGUGGCAGAUACCUCUAUAAAUGCUAGUCGAUCUGCUGGGCCUGCUGGGGUGCAUUCUUACAGACCUGUGUCAGCUCAUUCCUUCACGCAAGAACGCCGGCCCAACGUGGAUGAUGAAUAUGACGAUAUUUACGAUGUAUCUCCCGUUGGAUCACCUUCCAGGGCUACAAGCUCCCACGUAUCUGAGGGCCCCGCUGUGGUAAAUGUAACGCCGGAGCGGCAUAGUCCAUACCAAAUGUCAGCGGCAGCGCAGCCCUCAAUUACUGAAUACACACCUGCCUCGUCUGGAUCGCAUCAAGUCGUAGGGGGCUCCCGUUCAGGGUCGGCAAUUCCUCAUUCUCUCGGUCCUACUACCCCGUCAUCUACGACGAACGUCCCGGGAUGGAAUGACGAGCAGACUAGUAGCAGCCCAGUUGUGGGCAAACUCCCAAAUGCUUAUACCUGGCCAAGGGCCCCGCCACGACCCGAUACAGCUUCUUCGGCCUCUUUUACUAGCUAUCCCCGCUCUGCUCCAGCAACGGACCAGACUAACGAGGAUAUUAUAGCUGUAGCUCUACCUCCAACGCCACACUCGGAACGAACGACACGUUUGCAUAGUAGGCAGACUAGUUAUGAUGUGCCCCGUCCUAUGUCAAGUGGUUUCCACCUACCGCGCGUACCUGUAGGUAGUCGAGGUAGCCAAUUUCGGGAACUUCGACGAGGUAGUGUACCUACAAUACAGCCAGUAUCGGAGCCUGCCCAGCCGCUUAUAAUUAGCACGCCCACGGGUGUAACUGGUGCAUUCGAUGCUCCCGGCCAGCUAGAUGUAGGUAGACAACAGGCGGGGCUAGUCUUGCAUGCGCCAGUUCCUCGUCAUCCCCGACCAAUAUCGGGAGCACAUUUACUGCGCCCUACCGUCGAGCGUCUAGAAACAAUCUCUGGCGUUUCCAAUGGCGAACCGCACCCACUUCCACCGCCACCUCCUUCUUCACAGCUUACCUCAACGUCACUACGCCAUCAUACAAGUUUAAAUCGCCGACAAAGUCGGGCUAGGAGGGGAGCAUUAAAGAAUAUACAGGAUGCUAAGCUCCGAGGGUGGACGGGACGAAAGAAGAAUAAGAAAAAGGACGAUACUGAUGGCUGGAUGGAUGUGACUUGGGCAGCUGCCAUCCCGAGAGGCCAGGGCAAAGAUAAAAAGUGUAUCGUGAUGUAG